UACUAAAUCCUGAAUCCGCCGCUGACUACACAAAUACAAUUUUUAUAUAAUAACACUCAAAACAAUAGUGUUAUAAGUUAUAACACGAGUUGUGUCAGAUAACUAUGAGUUCUUUAAUCCAAAAUUCACACCACUACCCAAAAAAAUAUGGGUGGUUACAAAAGACAACAAUCAUUCAGUAUUAAACCUUAAUGUUAAGGAUAAAUAAGAAUAAAUUGAACUUCUUAAUGUUAAGUAUUAAACCUUAAUGUUAACCCUGAACUCAUUCGCUCCAUCAUCCCCUGGGCCCCGGCCCACGAUUGGGAGCAGCGACUACCGAGCCGAUUCCCCGACUCAAUUCUUCCCUUUUGUUUAUUCACUCACAAUCAAUAAAAUAAAAUAAAAACAAAAAAAACAUUUCCUCCUACCACCAUAACCACUUCUCUCUCUAUCUCUCCCCCUGCGACUCUCUCUCCCUCUGAACCCAGUCCAAGUUUUGAGCUCCAUUUUGACCUUUCUUUCUAGAGAGACAGAGCAACGAGCGAGUACCAGAGUAGAAGCCGGAGUCAGAAAGCAUCUCACUCUCAACCCCUGAGGUAAUCAUCUUUGAAUUGAAAUCAACAGACAAAACGAUGAUGAUGCUGUAAAAUCUCCUCCUCUGUUUUUCCUUUUCCGUAAUUUUGACUUCUGCUGCUGGAAAGUUGAAAACUUUCCGAGACUUCAUCUCCUUCUUCUUUCCCUCCGUCCAGCUCCAAUUAUUGUUUGCCGCUACCAAAGUUGGAAACUUUGGGGCAGCAAUUCCAGAUCCCCUUUUACUCACUCAAGGUCACGGAGUCGUCGUCGUCUUCUUCCUUUUUGCAGUUUUUCGUCUGCUUCUCUCUCUCUCUCUCUCUCUCUCUCUCUCUCUCUCUCUGUUUCUAUCGUUUUCCGGCCUUAUCUUUGUAUAUAUAUUGUAUGGAAGUCUGUGAUUAUCCAUCCAUGUCUGUUGAAUAAUUAAAUGAGGUCAAGAAUUGCGUUCUCUCUUCUUCAUUAUACUGACUGGGAACCGUAAAUCUCUUUGCAGGAGCUUGGAAUAAUUAAGCUUUUGUUUAAAGGGGGGAAUCGAGAGGGAACAAUCUUGCCAGGCUUUACCCCCCACGUGCCUUCUCUUUGUCUGAUUAUCCACAAUCUCUCUUCUCAAUCAUGUAAAUAAACGGAAACAGAGACGCUUUGGGUUCCGAUCCAUUUCCAUCCUCCACACCCUUCUCAACUGCCAGGGGGGAAUCGAAUCUCUCUGUUUUUUUGUGUUUUCACCCCCCUCAAUAAUGGAUGCGCCGGCGAGGCAGCAGCAGAAGACGAUGACCAAGCAACUCACCGCCAAGCGAGACGACUCGCCGUUUCACGGGGCGGCCAGGGCUGGCAACUUGGACCUGGUCCUGGAAUUAAUCGGGGAAGCCUCCGAGUCCGAGGAGGAGCUGAGGAAGCUGCUUUCGAAGCAGAACCAGUCCGGUGAAACGCCGCUGUACGCCGCAGCCGAGUGCGGCCACGUCGACAUCGUGAAGGAACUCAUCAAGCACUGCGACACCGGAUUGGCCGAGAUCAAGGCCAGGAACGGCUACGACGCCUUCCACAUCGUCUCCAAGCAAGGCAAUCUCGAAACAUUGAGGGUUCUGAUGGAGGUGAAUCCAGUGCUGGCGAUGACAUUCGAUUCGUCCAAUACGACGACGCUUCACUCGGCCGCCGCGCAGGGACACAUGGACGUGGUGGAUUUCCUCCUGGAGCAAUGCGGCACCGUCGCGGCCAUCGCCAAGAGCAACGGCAAGAUGGCCUUGCACUUAGCGACAAGAAAUGGGCAUUUGCAGAUAGUGAAGGCGCUUCUAGUUAAAGACGUUGCAAUCGCCACCAGAACUGACAAGGAAGGGCAAACGGCGCUUCACAUGGCGGUUAAAGGACAGAACGCCGAGCUGGUGGAGGAAUUGGUCAUGUCCGAUCCUUCCUUGAUCAACAUGGUCGACGGCAAGGUCAACACCGCCCUCCACAUCGCCGCUCGAAAGGGCCGAACUCAGAUUGUUGUGAAGUUGCUCGAGCAUCAAGGGCUGGACAAGAUCGCGAUUAACAAGUCGGGGGAGACUGCAUUCGACACAGCGGAGAAAACAGGGCACAAAGAACUCGCAGCAGUGAUGGAGAAGAACGGCGUGCUGUCGGCCAAAUCACUGAAGCCCAACGGGAAAACGAACCCAGCUCGAGAGCUGAAGCAAACGGUGAGCGACAUAAAGCACGAGGUGCACAACCAGCUGGAGACGACCCGAAUCACCCGAAAGAAAGUCCAGGGGAUCGCCAAGAGGCUGAACAAGAUGCACACCGAAGGCCUGAACAACGCCAUCACAUCGACCACGGUGGUCGCGGUGCUAAUCGCCACCGUGGCAUUUGCAGCGAUCUUCCAGGUCCCGGGGCAGUACGCGGACGAUCCGAACAAGCUCGCUCACGGUCAGUCCGCUGGACAGGCGCGGAUCGCAUCGAGGCUGCCCUUCAUCAUCUUCAUCGUGUUCGACUCCAUCGCGCUAUUCAUAUCCCUAGCCGUCGUGGUGGUCCAGACGUCGAUCGUGGUGAUAGAGAGGAAGGCGAAGAAGCAGCUGAUGACGGUGAUCAACAAGCUCAUGUGGCUCGCCUGCGCGAUGAUCUCUGUUGCUUUCAUUGCAUUGUCUUAUGUCGUGGUCGGGAGCAAGGCGAAGUGGCUGGCGAUUUGGGUGACCGCGAUCGGGACGAUUAUCAUGACCGCGACGAUUGGCACCAUGUGUUACUGGGUGGUGGUGGCGAGGCUGGAGGCUUCGAAGCAGAGGAACAUUAGGAGGUCGUCGUUGAGCAGGUCGAGGUCUGGCUCGAUGUCGAUGAUGCCCGAAUCGGAUCUGGAGACGGAUUAUAAGAAGCUGUACGCUAUCUGAUUGCUUCUCUCCAUUGUUUGGAGGGUUGAAUCAGUAGUUGAUUAAUGUAAACCUUGUUACAGAGAGGAGGGUUUGGUGCGGCGGAAGAAGGGUUAAUGUUGUAUAUAUUGGGGGGGUAUAUGUGUACGUAAGUAGCAGCUAUGUAACUAAUUUUGUCACAGGUUUUGGUCAUGGCGCAAAACCCUCUGAUGAACCUAUUACAGAGAAUGAAAAGAAAACGAGCAACUGGUUUUGUUGACAUGAAUAAGUUGGCUUGUGUUGUGGGCUGCCUUUGUUGGGUUUUUUGCAGCUGCAUUGAAUUUGGGGUGAUCGACUGAUGUGAUUGGGUAGCAGCAGCAGGUCAUAUUCAUUGAAUCACGUUGAGCUUAGUUCCAUGGUCCAUGAAACCGUAUCGUACCGGCGGUUCAACCACGAAAUACCAAUAUUGAAGGCUAAAUCGAUAGACAGUAUUUAACGAUCUAACGGUUGAAUUACGGUUAAACCACGGUAACACAAUUCCUCCUCCAAUCUUACAACUGCAGUACAUGGAUUCGGACAAUUCCAAUUCAUUCAAAUUCAAGGUAGACUACACGACGGCAUAAGGCAGGUUUGCUGAAACUAGCUUUGGGCUGCUGUUCGUGGGAUCUUUUCAAUGGGCCUUGUGGACUCAUUUGACCUUUUCCCCCUUCAAUCCCGGUGAUUGAUGUAUGAACUCAUUUUUAUCUCAGGUUGGGUUCUUGGGUAAGAGUUCGAAACAGAGCGGGGCUCAUUGAGUGGCCCGUAAAGUUAUGAGUUUGUCGCCUCAAUUGUUUUCGAGAUUCGACUUCUAUUUUUGGCUUCGUUUAUCUGUAUUAGCCUAUAAUCAUAAUGAUUGUUAGAGAUUAACUGGUAACAUAUAAUUUCUUAGUGGUUCGAUUUUGGUUGGUAGUACUUUGCUUAGUGGUUAACCGAUAAGAAAACCGGUAACCACCUACUACUACAACCACUUAGUUUUGGACUUUGGGUAAAGGGAAAGUCUCAAGAUUCAAAAGAAACCAAACUUGAAAUUCAAAACAUUCCAAUUCACACCUAUUGCAAACAACCCUCCACCCGAAAUCUCAAAUAUGUUUAAUAGUCAGAACCCGAAAGUCACCCCUCUCCGACUCUUCUUUUUAGUCGACGUAGUGAACCUCCCACCGUAAUAGUCUUUGUUUUUUUUAUGUCGCGUGAAUGAUGUUGAUCUUGUGGUGCUUGUAUUUGAUGUCUUGUUAGGUGAUACACGCCAAUUGGAUAAAGACUUUAAAUUAUUAGUAAUUUCCUGUGUUGAAAUUUGGACUUGAACUAUGAAUUCACGAUACAUGUUGUAUGUAUUGAUGUUAUUUAUUAUAAUUAUUAUAUUAUGUUAACAAAUGUAGAAGUGUAGUAAAAUUGUUUUGAAUUA